UCAAAACAAGCUGAACCAUUGACAAGAGAAGAAUUUGAUAUUUUAUAUCAAAGGAAUCUCUUGGGGAAAGAAAAUCCCAAAGCAGUUAUAAAUACGUUGUAUAUCAACAACACUCUACAUUUUGGUAUGAGAUCAAGAGUGGGGCAUUCUAAUUUGAGGUGGGGCGAUGUUGAACUCAAACUUGAGACAUCAGGACAGAAAUGCAUGGAAUUUACAGAACGUGCAACAAAGACUAGAAAUGGUGUUGUUGGAGGAUCAAGGCCAUAUGCCCCAAAGAUGUAUGAAGAAAAAGACAAUCCCAGGUGUCCUGUUGCUUUGUAUGAGUUUUAUGCAGAAAAACGACCCCAGACAAUGUUAAAACAGGAAGAUCCAAUCUACUUAGAACUCCAUAGAAACUGGGCUGAAAAAAAUGUUUGGUAUGUGUCUCAGGCUCUUGGAAAGAACUCUUUGGGGUGCCUUGUAAAAACAAUGUGCACAGAAGCAGGAAUCGCUGGACGCAAAGUAAACCAUAGUGCCAGAAAAACUGCCAUCACAGCCUUAGUUCAUGAAGGAGUUCCUCCCACUCUUAUUCAACAGCAUUCAGGGCACAAAAAUUUAGCAUCAAUCAACAAUUAUAGCACAGCAUCCAUUCAACAACAAAAGCAUAUAUCAUCAGUGAUGUGUAAACUUUCAAGCACAACUGAGUCCAGAGAAUCAGACACACUACUCCAGGGAGAUGAAACAUUACAAAAUGAAAAUUUCCAGCAAAAAAAGAGCACGACUCAGAUUCUAAUUAAUUUUAAAUCUCAUUGA